AUGUUCGUAGCUUCGGCUGCUAUCAUUGGCAAUUCUUUAGUCUGCCAUAUCAUACUGAAAUCGAAAUUCGUCAAGAAAACCGCAUUUAACUGCGUCAUUCUCAAUCUGGCCAUCUUGGAUGUAAUAUCUUCAAUAGUGGCAGUAUUCAAAGCGGUACUUUAUGGCCCACUGUAUGUCGAGGACAAGGGCGAUGGUAUCAUGAGAGUCUACAACCCUGAAAGUCAUGUUGGAGCUGAAAUUAUGUGUAAGAUAAAGCAGUCAUUUUGGAUUGGAUCUCGUGUAACCCCUGCUUUGCUGUUAGUGAUAGCCUAUGAACGCUAUAAAGCAAUAGUUACACCUCUGAACAGAAGGAAUCGUGAGGUCAGCGCUAGAAAGCUGAAGUUAGCGAUUGAAUUUAGUUGGAUUUUGGGAAUUUUUCCAUAUUUGUUUUUUAUGGCAUCAAGAAAGGUGACAUCUGAAGGAUGCGAUUCAAUAAACGCAGAUUGGUUCGAUCCUUCCGUGUAUACCAUAAUGUCGGUAGCUUUAUGUUUCCUUCUUCCGACUGCAAUAAUGUCGUUGCUCUACUACAAAGUCAUCAAGGUCAUCAAAAGAGAUGAACAGCUCGGUGUUCAGGCAGGCGUUCAAAGAGCAAGAAAGGCAGCGAGGCGAAAAGUCAUCGCUAUCAUCAUAACAGUCACAAUUCUUUUUUAUAUAUUCUGUGGAUUUCCUUAUGUCGCAUACAUAACUUCRGACGUGUUUACGUUUAAAAUAUGGAGUGAUUCCACUCAAACUCUACUGUAUGCAAUCAAUUCAUUUACAAAUCCAUUGGUAUAUUUUACAUUUCUGACCUCGUUCCGAAARGGGCUCAAAUCGAUCAUCAAAUGUAGAGUCACAGAYGAGGAUUUGUCUAGUAAAUCUACUWCAAAUCGAAGCUCGUUACCAACUMAUGCUACCAAGUACGAAAAUAAGGAAAAUAAGAUUGAGCUUUUAAAUAUUCAUCAGAAAUCUUCACUCUAA